CAGAGCAGGCAGCGGCUCUGGGUACCGCAUCCUCCUCCUCCACCCGGUGCUUCCUUUACUCCCUGUGGGAAGCGGGAAGGAAGCUAGCAGCGAUCCCGUGUCCUCCCCGCCGCCACCUCCAUUUCUUGAGCCUCGUUUCAAGCCGCGGUAGAACCGCGGAUGUGCCGCUCACCGCGCAGCCUCCGCGGGCAGCCCCCGGGGGAGAGCAACCGGGAGCCGGGGAGCUAAUCCCAGCCGCCGGAACAUCGCCAGACACCGACUGGCAGAAGGCUGUGGCACACAGAGGAGCAACCGAGAGCCUUCAGAGCAGUUGCUGCCUUCUCUAGACCCAGAAACCCAUCUUUCAGCUUCUGGAUGUCCAAGCCUUCCACCUUAACCUGCAGGCUUUACACGCGGUGCCCGGCAGCAGCUUCCCCGCGGGGCGUGCGGCUGCGCUGAGGGGCAGGAGCGGGCGGCAUGGCGCGGGCGGGAGUCGCUCUGACUGUCUGCCAGCUGCUGCUGGAGCUGCUAACGCACUCCUUCGCCGAGUCUUCCGUGCAGAGCAACGAGUGCCCGCAGCUCUGCGUCUGCGAGAUCAGGCCCUGGUUUACACCUCAGUCCACCUACAGGGAAGCCACAACGGUUGACUGCAACGACCUGCGGCUGACAAAGAUCCCCAGCAACCUCUCCAGCGACACCCAGGUCCUGCUGCUGCAGAGCAACAACAUCGCCAGGACCACAGAGGAGCUGCAGCAGCUCUUCAACUUGACAGAGCUGGACUUUUCCCAGAACAACUUCACGAGCAUCAGGGACGUGGGGCUCUCCAACCUCACCCAGCUCACCACCCUGCACCUGGAGGAGAACCAGAUCACCGAGAUGAGCGACUACUGCUUGCAAGACCUCUGCAACCUGCAGGAGCUCUACAUCAACCACAACCAGAUCAGCAGCAUCGCCGCGAACGCCUUCUCGGGCCUGAAGAACCUCUUGAGGCUGCACCUCAACUCCAACAAGUUAAAGGUGAUCGACAGCCGAUGGUUUGACUCUACCCCCAACUUGGAGAUCCUCAUGAUCGGAGAGAAUCCAGUGAUUGGAAUACUGGAUAUGAACUUCAAGCCGCUCUCAAACCUCCGGAGCCUGGUGCUGGCAGGUAUGUACCUCACAGACAUCCCCGGCAACGCCCUGGUAGGCUUGGACAGCCUUGAAAGCCUCUCCUUCUACGACAACAAACUGGUGAAAGUUCCUCAGCUGGCGCUUGAGAAAGUCCCAAACUUAAAGUUCCUGGAUCUCAACAAAAACCCCAUUCACAAAAUCCAAGAAGGCGACUUCAGGAACAUGCUGAGGCUGAAGGAGCUGGGGAUCAAUAACAUGGGAGAGCUGGUUUCUGUGGACAGGUACGCCCUGGACAACCUGCCGGAGCUCACCAAGCUGGAAGCCACCAACAACCCAAAGCUGUCCUACAUCCACCGCCUGGCGUUCCGCAACGUCCCCGCCCUGGAGAGCCUGAUGCUCAACAACAAUGCCUUGAAUGCUGUCUACCAAAAGACGGUGGAGUCCCUUCCCAACCUGCGCGAGAUCAGCAUCCACAGCAACCCGCUCAGGUGCGACUGCGUCAUCCACUGGAUCAAUUCCAACAAGACCAACAUCCGAUUCAUGGAGCCCCUCUCCAUGUUCUGCGCCAUGCCUCCCGAGUACAGAGGGCAGCAGGUGAAGGAAGUGCUAAUCCAGGACUCAAACGAGCAAUGUCUUCCAAUGAUCUCUCACGAGACCUUUCCUAACCACUUGAACUUGGACAUUGGCAUGACAGUGUUGUUAGACUGUCGGGCCAUGGCAGAACCCGAGCCAGAAAUUUACUGGGUCACCCCUCUAGGCAAUAAAGUGACUGUCGAGAGUCUCUCUGACAAAUACAGGCUGAGCAGCGAGGGCACCCUGGAAAUCUCCAACAUCCAGGUGGAAGACUCCGGGAGGUACACCUGCGUGGCUCAAAACGUAGAAGGGGCUGACACCAGGGUGGCUACCAUCCGGGUGAACGGAACGCUGCUGGACGGCACCCAGGUCCUCAAGAUCUACGUCAAGCAGGCCGAGUCCCAUUCCAUCCUGGUUUCCUGGAAGGUCAACUCCAACGUCAUGACUUCCAACCUCAAAUGGUCCUCGGCCACCAUGAAGAUCGACAACCCCCACAUCACCUACACGGCCAGGGUCCCCGUCGACGUGCACGAGUACAACCUGACGCACCUCCAGCCCUCCACGGACUACGAGGUGUGCCUGACCGUCUCCAACAUCCACCAGCAGACGCAGAGGUCCUGCGUCAACGUCACGACGAAGAACGCCGCCUUCGCCCUGGACAUCUCCGACCAGGAGACCAGCACCGCCCUGGCAGCGGUCAUGGGCUCCAUGUUUGCCGUCAUCAGCCUGGCCUCCGUCUCCGUUUACAUCGCCAAAAGGUUCAAGAGGAAAAACUACCACCACUCCCUGAAAAAAUAUAUGCAAAAGACCUCUUCCAUCCCCCUCAACGAGCUCUACCCACCCCUCAUCAACCUCUGGGAAGGCGACAGCGAGAAGGACAAGGAUGGAUCCACGGAGACCAAGCCCACCCAAGUCGACACAUCCAGAAGCUAUUACAUGUGGUAACUCAGAGGAUAAUCUUUUGCUUCUGGUAGUAAGGAGCACAAAAGACUUCUUUUUUCUUUUUUGUUUUUUUUUUCCUUUUUUUUUGCUUUAUUCUGCAAAAAAACAAAACAAACAAACAAACCAACCCUGAGGAGUCGAAGACUUUUGUAUUUUUGCCUUUGCUGGUCGGUGGCAGAGGGGCGAGGACAGGAGGCUACUUCAGGAGUUUUUAGUACAGCGUAUCGCAACCGGUUGACACAAAUGGCAGCUUCACCCAGCUUCCACCUUUCCUUUCCUUGGAUUUUGGGGGGUGUUGUCCCCUUCUUUCUUUUAAUUUUCUUGGUUUGUUAUGUUAAACUCGUUUUGUUAUGCUGAACUGAAUGCUCUUCUAACUGCAGAGCUGAAGCAAAGCCAGGAGAAGCUCGGGGUCACCUGGUGAGCCAGCAGCACAGCCCCAGCUCCUCUGAAGCCAUCCGUGGAGCGCAGCAUCUCGCAGAGGGUUGGGAGGCUGCGCUGAGUUAGGUCUGUAAGGCUGAGCUGAGGACCUGGGAGGCCGAGAGAAGAGCUGGAAGGAUGUUAGCUGACUGCACUGGAACGUUGUAUCAGCUGAUGGGAAGGGUUUUGACUCGGAGCCUUGCGUUUCCUUUUCUUCACGUAGUAGCCGAGGAGGUUUUAGGCCAAGCUAACAGGCAAUAGAAAAACGUACACCUGAGGAGUUUUAUUUCUUUUUAAUGUAACAGACUAAAUGUUGAUCUUUUUUUUUGGUCUCCUUCUCUUUAGUAGGCACUUUUGAAGAGUAUUUAGAGUUUUGUUGUGUUGACAUCACCUCCGCAGCGGUGUUUAAUGGAGCUCAAAUAAAUUUAGUUUCCUUCUCAUUUUCUUUUCUUUUUAAUUUCCCCCUUCU